UUGGAGAAGCACAGCAAUCGUAGCCGACCGCUGGGAAACGUCAGCAGACAUGGAGGACAAGGACCCGAAAAAGCAUCGCAAGAAGCAGAGCGGGCCAAAAGCGGACAAGAAGAAGAAAAGACACCUGAAAGACCUCGGACUUGGAGACGAGGAAGAUGCCCGCAAAAGAAACCCCAAAGCCUUCGCGGUCCAGUCCGCCGUGCGGAUGGCCAGAGCCUUCCACAGGACGCAGGACUUGAAGACUAAAAAGCAUCACAUCCCGGUGGUCGAUCGCACGCCUCUCGAACCACCGCCCGUGGUGGUGGUGGUGAUGGGGCCGCCGAAAGUGGGGAAGAGCACUCUGAUACAGUGCCUCAUCCGGAACUUCACCCGGCAGAAACUGACGGAAAUCCGAGGCCCCGUGACCAUUGUGUCAGGUAAAAAACGCCGACUCACUAUUAUCGAAUGCGGCUGUGACAUUAACGUCAUGAUCGAUCUGGCCAAAGUGGCUGAUUUGGUUCUGAUGCUCAUCGAUGCCAGCUUUGGGUUUGAAAUGGAAACGUUCGAGUUUCUGAACAUCUGCCAGGUUCACGGCUUCCCUAAAAUCAUGGGCGUGCUCACCCACCUGGACACCUUUAAGAAUAACAAACAACUAAAGAAGACAAAGAAGAGGUUGAAACACCGGUUCUGGACAGAAGUCUAUCCGGGUGCCAAGCUGUUUUACCUGUCCGGGAUGGUCCACGGCGAGUACCAAAAUCAGGAGAUACACAACCUGGGACGUUUUAUCACCGUUAUGAAGUUUCGGCCGCUUACGUGGCAAACGUCUCACCCCUACAUCCUGGCAGACAGGAUGGAAGACCUGACAAACCCCGAAGACAUCCGACUGAAUGCCAAAUGUGACAGAAGAGUGUCUGUCUAUGGCUACCUGAGAGGAGCGCACCUCAAAAAUAAAAGCCAAAUUCACAUGCCAGGGGUAGGGGACUUCACUGUGAGCGAUGUGAGUUUCCUGCCAGACCCUUGCGCCCUUCCAGAACAGCAGAAGAAGCGCUGCUUGAACGAGAAGGAGAAGCUGGUGUACGCUCCUCUGUCCGGGGUCGGCGGCGUGCUGUACGAUAAAGAUGCCGUCUAUGUCGACCUGGGAGGCAGCCACGCUUUUCAGGAUGAAGAGGAAGAGGUCGGCCCUACCCAAGAACUGGUCCAGAGCCUCAUCUCUACGCAUUCCACCAUUGAUGCCAAGAUGGCUUCGAGCAAAGUGUCACUUUUCACAGACUCCAAACCACUAGGGUCAGAGGAGGUGGCAAACCAAGGGUUUAUUCUGCCAAAGGAAGAAAGGCACGUAGAUCCAGUGACCGGCCGGGUACGUCGGAAGGCUGUCUUCGAAGGAGAGGAAGAAGAUAAUGAUGAUGAAGAUGGUGACGAAGAGAUGCUCGAAGAGGACGGGAUGAAAAAUGGUGCCAGCGAUGACGGAACGGAUGAGGAGGAGGAGGAGGAGGACGACGACGAUGAUGAGAAUGGUCCCAGAGCUCCAGAGAAAGAGCAGGCUCGUAGAAGUGUCAAACGCGUGAAAUUGGAGGUGAAAGAUGAAACCCAGAUCGACCUGCCAGCAUUUGCCGACAGUGACGAUGACCUCGAGAGGAGCUCGGGCGAGGAGGAAGCCAAUGAAGGUCGCGAGGAAGUCAAGGCGUCUGCUGGAGGAGAUGAAAGCGACGAGAGUUCAGAGGCUGAGGCCAUUAAACAGAGCGAUGGUAAAUUUCAACAGGGCGACGGUCUGUCUCUGGGCCUACAUCUAAAGAAGCCGUUGCCGGGGGAGAAAGCGACCCUCACCACUACAGAUUCUGGUCACUGUACAGCCGAAGAGGCUUUUGCGUCGGAUACCGACUCCGAAGAAGGCUCCUCUCUGGAGUCCGAGGAAGAGGCCUCAGGAAAUGAAGAGCCUGCUAGGAAGGGGACCCCCAAGUCCCCAAGGGGGAAGGCGGAUAGCGCUGAGCAGUUGGACUCUGAAAAUCUAGGAGAGGAGAACACCGAGGUCGAAGACUUACUCAAGGGGGAGGAAGAGUAUCGGGAAGAAAUCGACUACUCGGCAGAAACUACAGGGGCCCUCAGGUGGAAGGAAGACCUGACGCGAAAGGCAGCCGAGGCUUUCCUCAGACAGCAGCAAGCGACUCCGAAUCUUCGAAAACUGAUUUACGGAACAGUGGCUGAAGAUGAUGAAGAUGAAGAAGAAGAAGCCAAGGAAGAGCUCGGGGGCUUGUUCCGCGUGAGCCGUCCCGACAAAGAGUCCAAGCGCAAGGCUGAUGGACUGGACUGCUCCAAGUUUCCUGUGGAGGCACCGCAGGAUUGGGAUUUAGAGGAGGUUAUGAACAAUAUCCGAGAUUGCUUUGUAACCGGAAAGUGGGAAGCGGAUAAAGAUGCAGCCAAAUUGUUAGAGAAAGACGAGGAACUGUAUGGUGACUUUGAAGACUUAGAGACGGGACAUGUACAGAAAGGAAAGUCUUCCAGUCAAGAGGAUGAGGUUGAAAGUGAGGAGGAGGAAGUUAAAGAAGAAAAAGAAUGUAAAGAAGAAGAAGAUGCGAAGAAAAAACGUAUGGAUAAAAAGAGGAAAUUGAAAGAAAUGUUUGAUGCUGAAUAUGAUGAAGGAGAAACUACAUACUUUGAUGAUCUUAAAGAUGAAAUGCAAAAACAAGCCCAGCUUAACCGGGCCGAAUUUGAAGACCAAGAUGAUGAGGCCAGAGUUCAGUACGAAGGAUACCGUCCCGGGAUGUACGUGCGGAUCGAGAUAGAGAACGUUCCCUGCGAGUUCGUGCUCAACUUUGAUCCCCACUACCCGAUUAUCCUGGGCGGGCUGGGCAACAGCGAAGGCAACGUCGGCUUCGUCCACAUGCGUCUGAAGAAGCACCGCUGGUAUAAGAAGAUCCUCAAGUCUCGGGAUCCGUUAAUCUUCUCCUUAGGGUGGAGGCGAUUUCAGUCUAUCCCCCUCUAUUAUAUCGAGGAUCACAAUGGACGGCAGAGACUGCUUAAAUACACCCCACAGCACAUGCACUGUGGAGCCACGUUUUGGGGUCCCAUCACUCCACAAGGAACUGGGUUUUUAGCAGUUCAGUCUGUCAGUGGCACAAUGUCUGAUUUCCGGAUAGCCGCCACAGGAGUUGUGCUUGAUUUAGACAAAUCUAUAACAAUUGUGAAGAAGUUAAAGCUAACCGGUUUCCCGUAUAAAAUCUACAAAAAUACUUCGUUUAUCAAGGGUAUGUUCAAUUCUGCCUUAGAAGUGGCCAAGUUUGAAGGGGCGGCGGUCCGUACAGUCAGCGGUGUCCGGGGCCAGAUCAAAAAGGCCCUUCGGACCCCAGAAGGAGCCUUCAGGGCAACCUUUGAGGACAAGCUGCUGAUGAGCGAUAUUGUCUUCAUGCGUACUUGGUAUCCUGUUUCCAUCCCAGCCUUCUAUAACCCAGUAACGUCUUUGCUGAAACCAGUAGGGGAGAAAACCAGCUGGACAGGAAUGAGGACAACAGGACAGCUGAGGCAUGACCAGGGCAUCCGCCUGAAGCAGAACAAGGACUCUCUCUAUAAGCCAAUCGUGAGACAGAAGAAGCACUUCAAUUCACUUCACAUUCCCAAAGCCCUCCAGAAGGCACUGCCAUUUAAGAACAAACCCAAGUUCCAGGAGCAGAGGGGUAAGGUUCCCAGGGGCCGGGUGAGACCAGCAGUUAUCCGGGAGCCUCACGAACGGAAGAUCGCCGCAUUGCUUUCAGCCCUGGGUACUGUGCACAGUUACAAAGUGAAGAAGGCCAAGCAGAAACAGCAGCAGCAGCUUAAAGAACACCUCAAACUGAAGCAGAAGGAGGAUGAAGAGAAACUCAAGCGUCAAAAAGAAGCCAGGAAGAGAAUCUUCCGAAUUAGAGGUCAGAAAGAGAAAAAGAAUCAGAAGUCAAGCUUGAAAGGAUCUGGGGAACAGAAGUGAACUUCCAAAGACUGUUGGAACUUCGCCUGGAUUCGGGGGAACCGGGUGGGUUUUCCCGUUUGCUGGGGCUGAAAACACCAAGUCAGAGCAGAGUCCAAAACCAGAGUUUCAUUUGCUCCACCUCAUCAGCGAUUUUGAAGAAGAAAAGGGAACGGACCAAGUGACCCACCAGAAUUUGGAAAUGCAUAUAAAUAUGAAGUGAUGUAAUUUAUAGGUUCUUCCCCCCACCGUACCACCUGAGGGGACUAUCGUCCGAGAGUUUCAGUAGAGUUGGUUCUCCGUGCGCCCUGCAAGAAAUCAUUAAAAUAUUUUCAUGGAAUACU